AGUAAAGUAAGCAAAAUGGCCGGCGCCGGGAAAGUGGCUGCUGCCGUCACUGGGACAGCGGUAAAGCCGAUCUUCAGCCGGGACCUGGCCGAGGCUAAACGGCGCGUGCGAGAACUGUACCGUGCUUGGUUCCGAGAAAUCCCAAAUACAGUGCACAUAUACCAGCUGGACUUCACAGUGAAACAGGGGCGUGAUAAGGUCCGGGAGUUGUUUAUGAAGAACGCCCAUGUCACAGAUCCCCGAGUCAUUGAUAUGCUAGUUAUUAAGGGGAAAAUGGAACUUCAGGAGACUAUUAAUGUAUGGAAACAGCGGACCCAUAUCAUGAGGUACUUCCAUGAGACAGAAACUCCACAGCCCAAGGAUUUCCUCUCCAAGUUUUAUGCAGGUCAUGAUCCUUGAACCAAAUAAACUUUGUAGAGCUAUAACUCUGUGUUUCAGUUGCUUUUGUUGCAAAUAAAGCACUGAAUACUGAAGAGCCCUCCAGCAGGGAAGUAUCCAACUGAACACUGUUCUGUAGCCAAUACUCAUCCAUGAUUCAUCUGUAUGGUCUACGUCAGGCUGGAUGUAUUUGUUGCAAUUAGUGUCUCAAGAAACUUCCUAUUUGCAUUGCAGUAUGCCUCAGUGAAUACAAUGGUACUUACAGACAAGUAAGCAUAUGUAGAAUUGUGUUGUAAAUAGAUGUUGAGGUUAGAAGUCUAUGGGAGAGAUUUUAACCAAAGACAAUGUGAUUCCUGCAAAUAAGGUGAUUGAAAAUCACUCACUUUAUCCAGAAUGCCCAUUUGCUGUGGAACUGCACACUUCAUAUGAUCACAUUGGCAAUUCAUUCAGUUUAAAACAAACAGUAUUUUAAGUUGUUUUAUGUCUGCAUAGUAGCAGCUUUCAGCAUGAAGUUGGCAAGAUAGUUGCCAUUGGUCCACUACUGGAUUGCAGAGCUUACAUAUGCUCCAAGGUCAUGAUCAACAAGCCAUAAAAAUAGCUGCAUUCUAAAUGUAUAUGCUUCUUUUGCCUCUGUGCAGUUUGCAGCAUAGUGUUGCAGAUGGUUGUGCAAGAACAAAGUAUUUGUAUUCCAAUAUAAAACUUGUGAUUAACACACAUGCACUCAGCUUUGGUAGUCAAGCAGGCAAAAUGGACAAGGCUAGAAUAAUAGAGACAUAAACCUAGCAGCUUCUUUUCAAUCAAAGUAAGCACUGCUUUUUUGUAAGUCUUCCCCCCCCCCCCCAGGUGUGUUGGGAAGAACAUCAGGGACAGCCCUAGGAAAGCAGUGCAAAAGUACAAAGAUUCAGGUGGGUAGCUGUGUCGGUCUGAAGCAGCAGAACAAAGUUUGAGUCCAGU